AUGCCCAAAAGUUCGAGGCACAAAUCGCAUAAAAGGAGCAAACAUAGUUUGAAGGAUUAUUCUGACUCUGAAGUAGAUGUAGUCAAGAUUGAUGAGAAAAGCAGCAGGGACGAAGGCUCCACGCGGGGCCAUAGGGAUUCAGCAUCUGGUGAGAAGCGUAAAGUCUUAUCUCAUUCGCGUGAAAGCAAGGACGGUAAAGAUCUGAGUGGCCAUGGGAAUGGAGAUGCUGUGGAGGAGUAUGCUUCCUCUAAGCGGAGGAAAGAGAAAACGGAUGCUGUUGUUGCUGGCGAUAGGUGGAAUGGGGGUGGAGACGAGAGGGGGGAUAAAAGCGAGAGGAUUGUGGAGAAGGAAAUUCACAAAGGUGAGAGUUUGAAGCUUGAGAAGGAUAUACACAAAUCGAAGGAGAAUAGCAGUAAAGGUGAAAGCUUGAAAACUGACUCGAAGAGUAAGAGUAAAAGGCAUGAAAGUGGAUCUGCCGGAGAGAAAAAAGAAGAGAUUUUAUCAUCCCUAGUGCUGGAGAAAGCGGAGAGUAAGAGCAAAGGGGAGUCGAAGCGUAAGUCUGAGAGAGACUCUUCUUCGCGUAGAGAAGGGAAGGAAUCGAAGGAAAAAGAUCGUAGGUCAGAAAAGGAAAAGAAUGGUGGACAUGGGAGUAAGAGUGGUGAUGCCAAGGUAAAGUUAGUGGAUAUGGAUGCUGAGAAGAAGCAGCCGACCCAGCCUGAGGAUCUAGUUGGGGAGAUACAGAAUAAACGAACUCGAGAAAACAAUGAUCCGUCUUCUUUGAAUGAUUUGCGAAAUCUUGAACUGGAUAAGGAUACUGACAAAAAGUUGCGCAAAAAAAGAGAAGGCUCCAGCGAACGAGAUAAAUAUUACAAAGAGUCCAAAGAAACUGAAGUAAGACGGUUGUCAUCCAAAGCUGACCGUGCAAAGGACUCAAAAUACAGAGACGACAAGCAUAAGGAUGGAGGCUUUGCAGACAAAUGCCAGGAUGACGUCAAGUGGAGGGACGAGAAGUACCUGGGAGAAGCCGACAAGGAUAACAAAUAUCACGGCGAAACAUACCGGGAAGAUGGCGAGAGAGAUUCUAGGCGUAAAGACGAAGGACAUCGUGUAGAUGUCAACAAAGACAGCAGGCACAAGGAUGAAAAGUAUUGUGAUAAUAGGGAUCGAGAUAGCAGGCAGAAGGACGAAAAGUAUCACGAGGGGUUCGAGAGAAAAAUCCGAAAAGACGACAAGUACCAUGAAGACCGAGACCAUGAAGAUGGUGACAAGGAUGUUAGACGUGGGGACGAAAGGUACUAUGACGAUAGAGACAGAGAUGACAGGCGUAAGAAUAGUAGUUACAGAGAUGACGGUGAUAGAAACUAUAGACAUAGGGAAGAAAAAUAUCGAGAGGAUACCGAGAAAGACCUUCAAUAUAAGGACAGUAAGCAAGGGGAUGGAUAUGAUAGAGAGAAGAGAUCGAGGGACUCGAAAUAUAGGGACGAACAUACCUCGAGAGACCUGUCAGGCGAUAAGUCCGACCCCAAAUGUUAUAAGGAUGAUGGUUAUUCUGUUGAUCACCAUGUUAGGAAAUCAAGCGGUUAUGAUGAAAGUCCAACUUACGACGAUCGAGAGGGUAGGUAUCGAGAUGAUCCAGGCAGGAGGAGGACUGGUGAGAAGGAAGAUUAUGGCGAUGUUAAGUCCCGAAGUUUGAAGGAUCAAAGAUAUAAUGCUGAAAAGAAAAGUUUUAGCAGUGGAAGGACGGAUCUGCGCAGUGAUGGAGUGAGAUCUACUUCUAGAAAUGUUGAUGUAGAACUUACAUCUGGCUACAGUAGAAAGCGGAGUUCGCCCAUUUCAGGUUCUCAUGCACCGAGGGAUAACUACAGGGGAGGGAAGCAAGAUGAGUCCAAGUACAGAGAUUACAACUAUGAAGAGAGAUCCAGACGCAGCAUGAAUUCGUCCUGGGACAAUGCUGGUCCUGAGAAGGCCCCAUCUUGGUCAUCAGAGAAGCUCACCCAAAAAGAUGACGGUGCCCAAUUGGGAGACUUGUCUGCUGAAAAGCGCCUCAAGUCCGACAUUCAUUCUUCACCCCUCCCUCUAAUUGACAAAUCCCCAUCAUCGAGUGUUGACAGGAGACAAUUUAGUGCAAGAAGAAAUAUCGACGUUGACGAGUCAACCCAACGGAGUGGUGGCUCCAGGGACUGGAAGGACUAUCCUGCUAGAGAAAGCAGGACAAACCGUGAAUUUGGCUCUGACAUACACCCUUCAGAAGAUCAUGCGCAACAAUCCAAUGCUGACACCUUAUCCAUUUCUUCUCCAUUCACCCGGAACAGUCAUUUCUCCAGCAGCUCAAAGUUCAUGCCCCCUCCGCCUCCGUCCUUAUUGGGCCCGGCUGAGGAUGAUGGCCAGAGAAAGCCCAACAUGCGACACAGGAGGAUGGGCGAGCCCAACAUUGGAAGAAUGCACGGGAAUAAUAAUGCUUGGAGGGGGCUCCCAACUUGGCCUCCCCCCAUGGCCAAUGGAUUUUUGCCAUUCCCGCAUGGCCCACCACCUGUCGGCUUCCAUUCCGUCAUACAGCCGUUUCACUCCCCUUCAGUGUUUGGCGUCCGGCCCUCCUUGGAGCUGAGCCACCACCCCUCUCCUUAUCAUUUGCCGGAUGCUGACCGGUUUGCGGGGCCCGGCCGUCCGAUGGGAUGGCGUAGCCAGCUGGACGACCCGUGUCCUCCCACGUUGCAUGGAUGGGACACAAGUAAUGCUCUGUUUGUGGACGAGCCACACAUUUUCGGGGUGAGGCCGGAGUGGGACCUCGCUAGGAAUAUUUCUGGCAGUCGAGGCUGGGAGACUAGUGGGGACAUAUGGAAGGGGGCUAGUAGGACCUCGAGUGUUGAUUUGCCUUCUUACAAGAAGGAGACCAACUCGAUUAGAAGUGGGGAUGAAGUUUUGGGCCAUGAGCCUGUUCAGCUGCCACUGAAUGACCAGAGCCUAGCGCAGUUGGCGGACAGCGCUGAUGAUGUUGGGCUUGGGCAGUCAGCUAAGAGUGUUGAAAAGAAUGAUGAAAUUGGAUCUGCUGUUAUUAGUUCUGGAGACAGUGGCGGUGUUGAUGCCAGGGUAUCGGGAAAAGAUGACAUGCCCAUCGGCCAUGUUUACCUUUCAAAGCUCGAUCUUUCGGUGGAUCUUUCUGAGCCAGAGUUGUUUGACAAGUGCGCAGGUUUGAUGGAUGCAGAAGAGAUACUGUAUCCUGAUGUAGAUCAUUCCAAAAUUUUGUAUAUGGAGGAUGCGGAAGCGAAAAUGUGUUUGCCUGGACUUCUGAGUGUUACCCUGUUUGCAUCUGCUGAUGAUUUAGUAUUCAAGAAAUCAAUGUCUCUCUAUAAGAGGCAGAAAGCAAACUUUUGGACAGAAUAUGGUGAGAAGCCCAAAUCUCCGUUUGAGCUCGUUCCAAAUUCAAACCAAGAAGAUAAAAACACAAAAGAAGAUAAAACUGAGAAGCUUUGCCCGGCAGACCGUAUGCAGGGCAUGUAUGACAAAACUGAGGCCUUGCAACAUGAUGCUGGGCAAUCGGCUGGCAGCACUGUUAUAAGUGAAAAACCUGUAGAGCCUGAUCCUGACAUGGACUUUCAGGAGGAGGACAAUGAUGGCAAGCCUUCACUGCACGAAAGUGCGGAAAGAUCCGAUGCUCCUUUAAGACAUUCCAAAGAUGUCCUCAUGGAAACGGGUAUGAAAAACGAGGAACUGGAGUCAGUAGACGUUAAGUAUGGUCCCUUGCUUAAUUCUGAUGUGUCGUCUGAGGCCUCUGAGGCUGUGAUGCCAGAGUCGGUCAAUUUAAGUCGGAUACAUCAUUCUCCUGAAAGUACACAUUGA